UGUGCUGAAGGUUUAUGGAUGAAGACGCCAGGCUUAUAAAAGCAUGCAGAGGUUUAACAACACGACAAACGCGCGGUAAAAUAAGCGUGACAAACAUUAGAUCGGUGAUGUCGUGCUGUUUCUAACGAGGCAGGAGAUUUUUGGCUCAGGAGCAGAUUACCUGCGAAACAGCUUUCUUUUCUUCCAGACCGACUCUGCUUCUAUCUGUCUGGAGUAACAAUGGGAGGUGCAGUAAGUGCAGGAGAGGACAAUGAUGAGUUGAUUGACAACCUGAAAGAGGCCCAGUACAUUCGUUCAGAACUGGUGGAGUGUGCAUUCCGGGCCAUCGAUAGAGCCGACUACUACCUAGAUGAGUUCCGUGAUAAUGCAUAUAAGGACCUGGCCUGGAGACAUGGCAACAUCCACCUGUCUGCACCCUGCAUCUAUUCAGAGGUGAUGGAGGCUCUGGACCUACAGCCUGGCCUGUCAUUCCUCAACCUGGGGAGUGGAACAGGUUACCUAAGCACCAUGGUGGGCCUCAUACUGGGUCCUUUUGGUGUCAACCAUGGCGUUGAACUCCAUGCAGAUGUCAUAGAGUAUGCCUAUCAGAAGCUGGACUGCUUUAUCAAGACAAGUGACAGCUUUGAUAAGUUUGAGUUCUGUGAGCCAUCAUUUGUAGUGGGGAACUGUCUGGAGAUUGCCCCAGAGAGCCGACAUUAUGACAGAGUGUACUGCGGAGCCGGGGUUCAAAGGGAGCAUGAGGACUUCAUGAAGAGCCUUUUAAACGUUGGGGGUAUCUUGGUGCUCCCCUUGGAAGAAAAGCUCACGAAAAUUACUCGGACAGGGUACAACUCAUGGGAGACAAAGAAGAUCAUUGCUGUGUCCUUCGCACCGCUUGUGCUUCCAAAGCACAGAGAAAACGGCAAACCUAGAGCCGUACCACUACCUGCCAUGUUUGAAGUGCGAAGCCUCCAGGACUUGGCUCGCAUUUCCAUCCGGCAAACCCUAAAGAAAUCCGUGUCCAUUCCAUGGCCUCUUCCUCAGAAGGUGGGAUCCAGAGGAAGGUCUCAUCUGAAACAGAAACGUGAACAACGAGACUCCACCCUGCUAACCAACCACUAUAUGUUCAUGAGUCGCCUGAUCCCCAGAGCUAUAGAUGACAACAACAACCAAUCAGAGUCAGAGGAUGAUGAUGACGAGGACUGCGGGGGCAUUUGCCAAGGCAUGGGUGAUGAGCUCGGAGAAGGUGUGGAUGGAAGGAGGAAGGAGGCAAAAGUUACAGAGGCUCCUGUUAACUUCCUGAGGGAGAAGAUCCUCAGUCUGCCUCUUCCAGAACCACUCAAGACGUACCUUCUAUAUUACAGAGAGAAGUAGGGCAUCAAUCUACUGAGCUGACUUAUUUCAGUUCAUCCAGUAAAACUAAAAUGUCCAUCUGUUCCUUCUUAGACAUGACUCCUGCCUUGUUGGAAGAAAUGGGCGCAAAUUACAUUUUUUUUAAUGGCUAAAACAAUCAGCAUGGUUAGCUGGAAGAAAUUAUCACUUUUUAAUAUCAGUGAAAUAGACUCUUGAUUAGAGGUACUGAAAUAUCUAAACCACAAUCAGGAAUCUGAAACAAAUAGACUAUGAAAUAUAAAAAGUAUGUCAACUAUACUGGUAUGGACCUGCGAUGGCCAUCACUACAGAUUUUAACUUCCAGCAUUUCCUUAAAUAUACAGUACAGUACAAAACAAUUCAAACAACACAAAAAUUGAGGACUCAGUAACGCAGUGUUUUUCAUGCCAUCUUUAUUAUUGUGGAAUAAAAAAAAUGUUUAAAAUUUAAUUACUAGUUGCACUGCACUAAAUUAAUGACUAACUGCCUACUAAAUCACAAAGUUUGUAUUGCAUUUUUUUGCCCUCAGAACAUGCUCUUACUUGAUUAAUUACUUAGCUGCAUUUACAAUUCAAUUAAAAAGCAUGUCUGAAGGUUUUUUUUUUGUCCAUAUGCUACGUUUUCAUUUUCACAUGUUUUGUUUAUUUACAUAAUUAUUAACUUGCAACAUUUAUAUUAAAACACCCUGUUUAAGAUCACAAAACACUACUCUAAAUUAUACAUAAAAUAAUAGAUAAAUAUCAUGGGUUUGUUAUAUAUUCCUGGGAAGGAAACUGUAUAUUUAAGUCAUAAUGUGUAUACAGAUGUGAGACGUGAUUAAAGGUGCGAGGCUGACCAUUCAAUACAUUAAAUGUUUUCACUUUGUCAGUGGCACGCUUUUGAUGCUGAGCAUUGAUUGAUUGUCCAGUCUUGAAAAAGUUGCUUGACUAUGCUACUCCAUUAAAACUUCUUUAACGUUACAAUAGCUACACCUGAAAGAGUCAAUGACUGAUACUAAUGUUAAAUAAAUAUACAUUUAGGUUAGACUACAGGAGCCAAAUUUCUACUACUGUUAAUACUACCAUUACAAAUGAUGUGUGUUAA